CGUCAGCCCAAAACGAGAAUCCGCACGUCGCCCCACCGGCCGGACCGAAACUUGCGGCGAGCCGAUGGGGGCGAGGCGUGGCAAUGUCUGAGACAGCCCUCCAGGAUGACCCCGUAGUGGAUCUCAAGGAGCGGUCGCCAUCAUCGCGGGUGAGGUCCGAAAAGGAACCAGAUGAGGUGCUCACUAGGCAGCAGGUCUACGACUUCCUGGUCUCUGAGCGGGACCGGGUCCGUUUCUGCGGCACGCUGCCGCUGACGGUCUUCAUUUGGUUCAUCUUCACGCUCACGGCAUGGACCCACGGCAACGUGGAGCGCACCAGCCGGGCUCAGAGCGUCAUCCGCUACGCCGUGGAGAAGAUCGAGGUGCAUCACCAGGUCUCCUCACUGCAAGGCCAGCCAAUUGCCAAGAGGAUUCGCCUCGACAACAUCAGCAGCACUGACGAGGUGUGGACCUGGCUGAUCCAGGGCUUCGUGCCGCUGGUGGCGGGCAGCGACUUGGAGCCGGGCGUGGUGCGGAAGUUCAACCAGGUGAUCCGACCGGGCAUCCAGCUGCGGCAGAAGCGGGUCACAGGCGGGGACUGCCCCAUCGUCGAGGAGCUGCGGGAAUACUUCAGGGCGGAGUGCCGGAGCUCGGAGAGGCUGCCCAGCAGAUUUGGCCCGGAGGUGAACAACACCGGGGAUCCGGUCGACCGGGCCUUUGUGGCCGGUGGCAGCAUCCAGAUGGCAUCCAUGGCCUGGAGCGAGCCCGCCGAGGAGAUGUUCUUUGCUUUCUUGCGGAUCUCCCGGUUGCAGAGCGGCAAUAGCACGGACAUGCCUUUGGUCGAAGGCGUGGUUCGUGCCGAAGAGCUGCGGCGGAUGCAGUGGGUGGACGACGCCACGGACUCGCUGCAGAUCUCCACUACCCUGCUGAACCCGGACAUCGGCGCCUAUAUCCACGUGCAGUUGAAGAUCAACUUCAUCCGCGGCGGGUUGGUUCAGCCGGUGAUGGAGGUUCGGCCGCUGCAGACGCGUGUGUGGCACAACCCCAUGGAGGUCGUGGUGGAUGUGGUCUGGGGCCUGCUGAUCCUCUUCUUGACCAUCUUGGCCUUCCAGGAAGUCUUCGAAGGUAAAGGCAGCUGCUCGCAGCGCUGCUGCGGGAGCUUCUGGCUGCUGGUGGACUGGACCUUCAUCUUGGUCGGGCUCACGCUGAUCGGCUUCUUCUUCGUCUACAACGCAGGCAUGGAAGGCUUGGACUACCACAUGGCCAACCUGCCGACGGCGCUCUCAGAGUACGUGCCCACCACCCCGCCGCCGGUGGCGCCGGAAAUCCAGGCCGAGCUCGCGCGCGCCCAGGCCCUCACAGAGGAAGGCUGGCAGGCGCAGUUUCAGGAGGACCUGGAGCUGAUGAUCUUCCUGAAGGUCUACCACAGGCUGGGCAUGUUCUGGUACGUGGCGCUCAUUCUGCUGCGCUUCUUCCGCGGCUUCGCUGGGCAGCCGCGCAUCGCCGGCAUCGGGCGCACCAUCGGCAGCGCUGCCUCGGACAUCGGGCACGUGGCCUUCAUGGUGACAAUCGCGCUCUUCAACCUCAUCCUAGGAGGGCACCUCCUCUUCGGCCCGGAGCUCCAAGCCUGGUCGUCUCUGGAGAAUGCCUUGAUGACCACGAUCAUGAUCCUCUUCGGUCAGGGAGAUAUCGGAGCCAUGUACAACAUCGCUCCCACCUCCACCUUGAUCUGGGGCCUGAGCUACAUCAUUUGCAUCAUCGUGAUGCUGAUGAGCAUGGUCACGGCCAUUCUCAUCGCGCACCACCGAGAGGUUCGCAAGAAUCGGGGGCGCGCCCAGCAGACGCUGCCUCACCAGUUCGUGGCGAUGUGCGAGGACUUCGUGUGGAAGCGGAGCUACGACAUGCGGAGCCUGCUCCGCUUUACACGGUCGAGGGCGGGGCCAAAGAGCAAGAUCCUGCGAGCGCUGCCGGUGCUCAAGCCGGAGACCAAGCGCAUUAGCCGCAUUCCCUACGACGCUCUGAUCGACUUCUUCAACUCAGAAGACCUGGGCGACGGGGAGCCGGUGCCGCCCGGGUGGUCUGCCGUGAAGAAGGAGGACUUCUACCGCUUCGGGGUGGACUCCGCCACCACGGCGCGGAUCAUGCGGAAGUGCCACGCCGCCACGAACGCCAGCCCGGACCAAGAGAUGCCGGUGAUGCGCCUCUUCGAGGAGUUCCAGUCUUCGGUGCAAGACACGUGCCACGUGCUAGAUCUGACCGGGGAAGAGCUCAAGACCUGGGUGGCCGAGCGGCGGGUGGACAUGGCCAACGUCGAACCGCGGCAGAGAAAGCUGGAGGUGCUCUCGCGCGCCCUGGAGCCUGCCGAGCCCAUGUUCAGCCUGGAAACGCAUUGGGAAGAGCCCCCCCCAGCAUUGGAGGGCCCCGCGGCUGGCCAAGCCAUCGCGGACGGGCCUCGCUGAAGGCGACGCGGGAAUUUGCUUGCGAAGCCAUGCACGACCG